CCGGACACCAAAUCUCAACAACAAUGGCAACACUUUUCAACCAAGUACAUUAACCCUCACCCCACGCGCCCCCCUUUUCCCUCAAUUGUUCUUCAGAAUUCAAAAAAAAAUCUUCAGUUUUCUAAUUUGUGUAUGUUAAUGGAGUCAAUAGCCGGAAAGAAGAAGUCAACGAGUUUGUUGGCGCCGGGUUUCCGUUUCCAUCCGACCGACGAGGAAUUGGUGCGAUACUAUUUGAGGCGAAAAAUCUUCGGCAAAUCUUUUCGAUUCGAUGCUAUUUCUGAGGUUGAUGUUUACAAGUCUGAGCCUUGGGAUCUUCCCUACAAGUCGAAGCUGAAGACCAGAGAUUUGGAGUGGUAUUUCUUCAGCGUGCUGGACAAGAAGUAUGGUAAUGGAGCAAGGACAAACCGCGCAACCGAAAAAGGGUAUUGGAAGACGACAGGAAAAGACAGGGCUGUCUAUCACAGGACAAAGGUUUCAGGGAUGAAGAAAACUCUCGUUUACCACAGUGGGCGGGCCCCCAAGGGCCAGCGGACUAACUGGGUCAUGCAUGAGUACAGACUCACCGACGUGGAUUUCAAUACUGCUGGAAUUACCCAGGAUGCAUUUGUGCUGUGCCGAAUCUUUCAGAAGAGUGGUUCGGGGCCAAAGAAUGGUGAACAGUAUGGGGCGCCAUUUGUGGAAGAAGAAUGGGACAAUGAUGAGUUGGAGUCCCUUCCGGAAGAUGAGGCUAAAGAUGAAGUUGACUUUGGUGGUGAUGCCUUUUUGGACGCCCAUGAUUUACAGCAGAUUCUUCAGUCAGAUGUUCCACCAAGCACUGCUCCUCUUUCGGGGAACCUCAUAUUUUCCGAUGGCAGCUAUGGUGAAGAAAACACAUCCUCUUUUAAUCAUACCGAAAACCUCUCCGUGUGUGCAGGCAAUCAGUAUCACGAUGGCAGCACAUAUAAUUUGCCUGCUUCAUGUGAUAUGGAACUGGUCAAGCAGGAGUCCUACGGUGAAUGCAGCAAAUCUAGCAACUCUGAGGAACUCGAUUUCUUACUCGAUGAGCCAUUCUUUGAUUCUUCCGAUAACCUUCUAUACGGCAAUGAAGGGUUCAUUGAAGCUAACGAUUUCUUAAGCCCCGUUGAAAAUGAUAAUUCUGCCUUUGACAUGCUAAAUGAGUACCUUUCGUUUGAUGCCAACGAUGAUAACUCACUGUACUUUGCUAACGAUUCUGCAUCGAUGUUUGGAACCGAUGGUCUUGUUUCUGAACAACCGUUGCUUCCUCAUAAGGAAAUGACCGAAGAAACUGCGCAAGCUAUUUUGCCAAACGGACAACAUAUUGCAAAUAACAACAAUAAUGAAGUAUUGCCAUCUGAUAAGCAAGAGUCGGCAAAACAAUACUCAGGCUUGGAUUAUCCAUUUAUCAAACAGGCAAGUAAAAUAUUAGGAAAUCUACCUGCUCCACCUGCAUUUGCUGCAGAGUUUCCUUCGAAAAAUGCAAUUCUUCGUCUGAAUGGGGCAAAGGACGAGAACUUCAACGUUAUUGUUUCUUUUGGAUAUUCACGAGGUAAUGAUGGCUCUUCGAAUUUGGAAUCGAGUGUUCGCAUACAAACAGGGAAGGCAGCUUCUUCUGCUAUGUCUAGGGGUUGGCUCUUCUUCGUUUUCUUUUUCUUCGUAUUUUUCUCCAUGACCUUCAAAUAUGGCACCUAUUUAUGUGCCAAUUGAAUGAUGUCUCUGUGACCGGUCCUCCUCCAAUGCCCUAAUACAAUUUAUCGCAUGCCCGAAAACUUUUUCUGAACUUGCCGAUGUAUUUUUUUUUUUCAUUUUCUUUAAACGAUACAUAUAAGAAAUUUUAUUGUUUAGUUAGUGAUUAAGUAGGAUUGGAGCACUGUCUGGGUUGACUGAUUGAUUAUACUGCCAAUAAACUCCAUUGUUUUUCUUUUCUUUUUUUUUUCUUUUUUUCUUCGAGUCUUAUGAAUGCUUCUCAGUUGAUGUAAAAUAGAUUAUGAUUUAUGUGUGGAUAUACUUGUAAAUAGGUUAUAUCUCAAGGUAUAAUUUACACU